ACACACCAUACGAUUGUGGUUUUGAAUCCGUCAUUGUCGCAGUUGAACUAAAACAGGUAUCAUAGAUUUAUGCCAAAUUUAGAGCACGGAGAUGAAAACUACAACGUAACCUGUCUGGCCUUGCAUCAAAAAAUAAUUUGAGUUACUGGUUUUGAUUUGCCUGACCACCAUUAGGGGGGGCGGUAGAUCAAAAUCAAGUGCCUCUGUUCAACAAUUUUGAGUAUUCCAACCUGAAGUCUCUCUCUCUCUGCUUCGGUUGGAUGCUCGAUAACAUCUAAUCAACAACAGGAAAACCUUCCAAAACAUUUUUGUCCCUGCUUUGAACAUUCAUUCGUUUUUCAUUGCCAAACUGAGAGAGAGGGCAUCAUACGAACGAUUGAUUCAAGCAAGGAUUUUUCCGGGAGGUGAUCAGAAAUUUGUAGCUGGUUCCAUUGAGGAGCGGGAGAACUAUAAUAAAUUUUGAGGUUAAACUUUUGAGACGCCAAAAUAGAUCUAAAAGCCCCCAUAAUGACGUCGUCCGGCGCGGUGAAAGGCCAGGUGAAAGGCCAGGUUAAAGGCCUCCUCAAAGGGCUCAGAUACAUAUCCCAAAUAUUUGAUGAGGAGGAUGAAAAGCAGCAGAUAGAGAUUGGGUUUCCAACAGACGUAAAGCAUUUGGCACACAUUGGGGCCGAGAACGCGAAAGCAAGUCAACCUAGCUGGCUAACUGAGUUCAAAGAACCAUCAGAAGGUUCGUCUGGAACAGUGGCGAAGCCCUCUGUGAAGGCCACAUCUGAAGAUAAUAAUAGCGAUGCUAAUAGCAAAGGUAACAAUAGUGAUGCUGCAAGCAAAAGUAGUGAUGCUGCUAGCAAAAGUAGUGAUGCUACUAGCAAAGGUAGUGAUGCUACUAGCAAAGAGGGGAAGCGAGGCCGAAAGUCAAGGGCUCGCUCUUCUGAGAACCAAUCCACGAUGAGUUCUCCGAGCCGAGAGAGCUCGACGGAGGGAUCCAAGCCGAGCCGCAAAAGCCAGUCCUCGGAUACGUCUAAAAAGUCGAACCGUCAAUCAUCGGAAGAUGACAAGCCCCCGGCAUCGUCGAAACCCCGCAGGAAGUCGAAGACGUCGUCUGAGGACAAGGAGGGUGGGUCCGUUCGGAGGUCGUCGGACGACAAAGAAGGUUCGUCGAGGAGGGCGCCACGAGGACGAAGACAGUCGAAGGGGGGUUCCUUAACUGACUUCCCGUUCUCAGAAUCUGCGCCUCAAUAGAAAAGACAGAGUGAAACCGUCAAAGAGAUGAGACAAUGGCUUCUUCCCUAGUGUGGACCAGCAGCAGAUUCAGUUUAGAGAGAGAUUUCAGGGGCCAGACAUUAAUCAUCAUCCAUUAUCAACUACCGCAUACGUAUACAUACUAAGUAUAAACCAAUCCUGCUUGGUUUUCUGACCACGACUUCAGUCCCUUCAAUUCAAUGUCAACUUUUUAUCUUUCAUUUUGUUCAGUUCCUCCUUUUUUGUAAUAGUGUCACUGGCUAUUUUGGAUCCUCUCUGGAUUCAAUUGUUACCAAAACAUGUAACAAUUUUUCAUAUUCGUAUAAAGUGCACC